GGCUUGGUCACACUGCUAGCGCGACUCAGUACAUUCACACGCUGUGAAACAUCUCUGUGCUGUGGGUGGGAGUCUGACAACUGUGUUGCCUAGAAAUAUCCCGUGAUGCUACAGCCGCUAUGGACGGUUCUGGGGAUCAUCUGUCUCCGUGGCGGAAUGGCGCUCGGUGACAGAGGGCCCAGCAGUGCCGAACAGCCGCCAAACAUAAUUAUCAUUGUCGCCGAUGACCUGGGCUGGAACGACGUCGGAUUUCACGGCUCCAACCAGAUCCCGACGCCCAACAUCGACGCGCUGGCAUUCAGUGGGGUGAUGCUGAACCGGUACUACGUGCAGCCCAUCUGUACACCGUCCCGGUCGGCGCUGAUGACCGGCAAAUACCCCAUACACACCGGUAUGCAGCAGAACGUGAUUCUGGCCGCCCAGCCCUACGGCCUGGGCCUUGAGGAGACACUAAUGCCGGAGAGACUGAACGCCCUGGGAUAUGUGUCCCAUGCCGUCGGCAAAUGGCAUCUUGGCAGCUACAAGAAAGCAUACACUCCGACCCAGCGCGGCUUCAUGUCCCACAUCGGAUACUGGAGCGGAAAGAAAGACUAUUAUGAUCAUACCAAUCAAGAACAUCACACGUACUGGGGCUACGACCUGCGGCGCAACAUGAGCAUCGCCCGCGACGAGUUCGGUCACUACUCGACCGACCUAUUCACCGAGGAGGCCAUCGACAGAAUCGUCACCCACAAUCAGUCCAAGCCGCUGUUCCUCUACCUGGCCCACCUGGCUGUUCACUCGGCCAACGAGUACGAGCCCCUGCAGGCUCCGGCCAACGUCAUCGAUCGGUUUGAUCACAUCAAAGAUGGAAACCGGAGACGAUUUGCAGGGAUGCUGACAAAGCUGGACGAGUCCGUGGGACGGGUGACGGCGGCGCUUCAGGAGACGGGUCUCAUUCAGAACAGCAUCAUCGUCUUCACCACCGACAACGGCGGUCCGGCUGCCUCCUUCGACUUCAACGCUGCCUCCAACUGGCCACUACGCGGGCUCAAGAGCCUGCUGUGGGAGGGCGGUGUGAGGGGAGCGGGUUUCGUAUGGAGUCCCCUGCUGAAGAAGCGCUCCUACGUGUACGAAGGUCUCGUGCACAUCACAGACCUGCUGCCCACACUAGUGUCCGCCGCCGGUGGCGAUCCCAAAACGCUGGGCAAGAUUGAUGGCAUGGACAUGUGGUCAGCGAUAUCUAAAAACAUGACAUCUCCAAGGAAACGGAUCCUUCUCAAUAUAGAUCCCAGCGUUAACUAUCGCGCUCUCAUCGAGGGGAACCUGAAGUUCAUAGAGGGCACGUUUCAGGCCGAAAACUGGAGCGGCUGGUUCGGGCCGUCCGGAAGAAACGUUUCCCGGUAUGAUCUCUACAAUCUAAUGAAACGAUCCCAUGCUGGACGUGUUGUGCGGCUGAACAAGAUGCAGAUCAGCGAGGACAAAUGGAAGCAGCUUAGAGCACAACAAGACAUCCAAUGCCAGCAGAGCCCGUCGCCGCGUCGCACGUGCUCCAAGGCACCGUGUCUGUUCGACCUGUCGGUGGACCCCUGCGAGUACCUGGACCUGUCGCAGACGAUGCCGGCCGCCACCGAGCGGCUGAAGAAGGCAGUGGACGACUACCAGAGCGACAUGGUGCCGCCGCGAAAUAAGCCCGUCGACCCGCGCGCCAACCCGAAGAACUGGGACUACGCCUGGGUCAACUGGGGGGAUAUGGUGCACCCGCCCCUGCCCUAACGUGACGUCGACCUGGAAGUAACAAUUUUUGAAAGUAUGACUAAAAAUCCUCAUUUGAGCCUGAGGUACGUAUGUGUCUUAGAAGGCUUGCGAGGCGUUCGAAAGAAUGUACCCGGACGGCGCAAACCCUAGUGUCGCUGUCAAAUACUCAUGCGUGCCCCGGUUACUUGCGGCAGUUCGAGGCCGAUAUGGCCGGAGAGUGUCUUCCAUUACCGAACGAACGCUCGCAUUACCGAACGAACGUUCGCCACUCACGCCAGCCAUGAACUGCAGAGAAAGUAGCGCGAUGCCGAAAGCCAGUGCGAAAUGAUAAAUGAUGCUAUUUUGCUAUGUUUAGUCAGAUAUACGCCAUUAUGAGACAUGCGUAGUGCGUGUCCAGGGUAUAUUGAAUUAGGGUGCGUGUCUGUAGUGGCCUAGUGCACUCGUGAAUAGGUUAAUUAAUAUAAACAUGACAUGCGUCUGUCAUAUUUUGUCACCGUUAUGCCAUACGUUUUCUAUUCGUCAGCCAUAGCAUACAAUGUGCCUGAUA